AUGAUGAAGUUUCGGUUCCGCAGGCAGGGCGCAGACCCGCAGCGCGAGAAGCUCAAGCAGGAGCUCUUCGCCUUCCAUAAGACUGUGGAGCAUGGCUUCCCCAACCAGCCCAGUGCGCUGGCCUUUGACCCUGAGCUUCGUAUCAUGGCCAUUGGCACCCGAUCUGGGGCCGUCAAGAUCUACGGUGCCCCUGGUGUGGAGUUCACGGGCCUGCACCGAGAUGCGGCCACUGUCACCCAGAUGCAUUUCCUGCCUGGUCAGGGUCGAGUCCUGACCCUGCUGGAUGACGACAGCCUCCACCUGUGGGAAAUCGUCCACCAUGAUGGCUGCGCCCACCUGGAGGAAGCCCUACGAUUCCAGGCACCCAGUCGGCCUGGCUUUGACGGUGCCAGCGGCCUGCCCAGCCUCGCCCACAUCACAGUGGUCCUGCUGGUGGCUGCGGGUGACAUGGCUGCCCUGGGCACGGAGGGCGGAAGCAUCUUCUUCCUGGAUGUUCCCACCCUGACACUGCUUGAGGGGCAGACUCUGGGCCCGGACGAGGUUCUGCGAAGCGUGCCUGAUGACUACCGAUGUGGGAAGGCACUGGGCCCCGUGGAGUCACUCCAGGGGCACCUGCGGGACCCCACCAAGAUCCUUAUCGGCUACAGCCGGGGCCUGCUGGUCAUCUGGAACCAGGCUGCUCGCUGUGCCGAGCGCAUCUUCCUGGGGAACCAGCAGCUGGAGAGCGUGUGCUGGGAGCGCAGUGGCCACACGGUGGUCAGCUCGCACAGUGAUGGCAGCUACGCCAUCUGGGCUGCGGACACCGGCGACUCCCCAAUGGCGCAGCCCACGGUGGCUACCACGCCCUAUGGACCCUUCCCCUGCAAAGCCAUCAACAAGGUCCUGUGGCGAAGCUGUGCGUCUGGCGAGCACUUCGUCAUCUUCAGCGGUGGCAUGCCCCGCGCCAGCUAUGGUGACCGCCACUGCGUGAGCGUGCUGCAGGCCGAAACCCUGGUGACACUGGACUUCACCUCCCGUGUCAUUGACUUCUUCACCGUGCAUAGCACGCGGCCCGAGGAUGAGUUCGACGAGCCGCAGGCCCUCGCAGUGCUGCUCGAAGAGGAGCUGGUGGUGCUGGACCUGCAGACGCCCGGCUGGCCGGCUGUGCCCGCCCCGUACCUGGCCCCCCUGCACUCGUCCGCCAUCACCUGCUCAGCCCAUGUCGCCAAUGUCCCCGCCAAGCUGUGGGCCCGCAUCAUGAGCGCCGGCGAGCAGCAGAACCCCCAGCCAGCCUCCGGGGCCUCGAGCUGGCCCAUCACUGGGGGCCGGAACCUGGCUCAGGAGCCAUCCCAGCGAGGCCUGCUGCUGACUGGCCACGAGGACGGCACAGUGCGCUUCUGGGAUGCCUCUGGCGUGGCCCUGCGACCGCUCUACAAGCUGAGCACCGCCGGCCUCUUCCAGACGGACUGUGAGCAUGUCGACAGCCUGGCCCAGGCCGCCGAGGACGACUGGCCGCCCUUCCGCAAGGUGGGCUGCUUUGACCCCUACAGUGAUGACCCGCGGCUCGGCGUGCAGAAGGUGGCGCUCUGCAAGUACACGGCCCAGAUGGCGGUGGCCGGCACCGCGGGUCAGGUGCUGGUGCUGGAGUUGAGUGACGCGCCAGCAGAGCAGGCGGUGGGCGUGGCCAGCCUGGACCUGCUGCAGGACAGGGAGGGCUUCACGUGGAAAGGCCACGAGCGGCUGAGCCCACGCCUGGGACCGCUGCCCUGGCCAGCUGGCUUCCAGCCCCGCGCGCUCAUCCAGUGCCUGCCACCAGCCGCUGUCACGGCCGUCACGCUCCACGCUGAGUGGGGCCUCGUGGCCUUCGGGACCAGUCACGGCUUUGGCCUCUUUGACUACCUGCGCAGGAGCCCCGUGCUGGCCAGGUGCACCCUGCACCCCAGCGACUCCCUGGCCAUGGAGGGGCCACUGUCCCGCGUGAAGUCGCUCAAGAAGUCGUUGCGCCAGUCCUUCCGGCGCAUCCGCAAGAGCCGUGCGUCGGGCAAGAAGCGCAUGGUCGCUGGCAGCAAGUUGCAGGAGGCCAACGCGCAGCUGGCGGAGCAGGCUGGUCCCCAGGAUGUGGAGGUGACGCCCGUGCAGCGCCGCAUUGAGCCCCGCUCGGCCGACGACUCCCUCUCCGGUGUUGUGCGCUGUCUCUACUUUGCAGACACCUUCCUUCGAGAUGCAGCCCACCACGGCCCCACCAUGUGGGCAGGCACCAACUCGGGCUCUGUGUUUGCCUAUGCACUGGAGGUGCCAGCGGCAGCAGUGGGCGGUGAGAAGCGGCCAGAGCGGGCGGUGGAGGCCGUGCUGGGCAAGGAGGUGCAGCUGAUGCACCGUGCCCCCGUGGUGGCCAUUGCAGUGCUGGAUGGGCGCGGCCGUCCACUGCCAGAGCCCUAUGAAGCCUCGCGGGACCUGGCGCAGGCGCCCGACAUGCAGGGCGGCCACGCUGUGCUCAUUGCAUCUGAGGAGCAGUUCAAGGUGUUCACGCUACCCAAAGUGAGCGCCAAGACCAAGUUCAAGCUCACAGCCCACGAGGGCUGCCGCGUGCGCAAGGUGGCCCUAGCUACCUUUGCCAGUGUUGCCUGCGAGGACUACGCGGAGACCUGCCUGGCCUGCCUCACUAACCUGGGUGACGUGCACGUGUUCUCGGUGCCGGGCCUGCGGCCCCAGGUGCACUAUGCCUGCAUCCGCAAGGAGGACAUCAGCGGCAUCGCCUCCUGCGUGUUCACGCGGCACGGCCAGGGGUUUUACCUGAUUUCCCCCUCGGAGUUUGAGCGCUUCUCCUUGAGCGCCCGGAACAUCACCGAGCCACUCUGCUGUCUGGACGUCCAUUGGCCCCGAGAUGCCACACGUGUCAGCCACAGGUCCCGAGAGUCGCCCAAGCUGAACCAGGCUAACGGGACCCCGGGCGUCAUCUUGGCCCCACAGAGUUGUGAUGGAAGCCCCGAUCCCAUCUGCAAGGGGGCUGACACCCCAGAGCCAGCUGAGGCCAUGCUCUCACCUAUGUCCAUUGACUCGGCCACCAGUGCUGACACCACGCUGGACACAACAGGGGACAUGACGGUGGAGGAUGUAAAGGAUUUCCUGGGCUCCUCAGAGGAAUCUGAGAAGAACCUGCGGAACCUGUCAGAAGAGGAGGCUCGAGCCUGCGCCAUCCUGAUCAAAUGA